AUACAUGUGUAUGUAUUUGUAUAUAUAUAUGAGGUUUUUAUACUUAUACUAAGUUAAAUUGUGUUAGUUUGUGAUUUAAAAAAAUUCGAUUAGUUCGACUUAAUUUACCUACAAUGUUUCGGACUACGCUUCAGCGUGCUGCACCUUGUAUUCGGUUAGUUAUUUCAUCGGGACAAGUUCGUCCAAACUCUAACACUCCACCAUCUAAACUUGAAGUAUUUAUAGAUGACAAAAAAGUUUUUGUAGAUCCUGGAACCACUGUAUUACAAGCUGCUGCUCUCGCUGGUGUAGAAAUACCUAGGUUUUGUUAUCAUGAACGUUUAGCUGUUGCAGGAAACUGUAGGAUGUGUUUAGUUGAAGUUGAAAGAUCACCAAAGCCAGUUGCAGCAUGUGCCAUGCCAGUGAUGAAUGGUUGGAAAAUUAAAACAAACUCUGAAUUAACACGUAAAGCUCGUGAAGGUGUUAUGGAAUUUUUACUGAUGAACCAUCCUCUUGAUUGCCCUAUUUGUGAUCAAGGAGGUGAAUGUGAUUUACAAGACCAGAGUAUGGCAUUUGGUAGUGAUAGAUCUCGUUUUGUUGAUAUUGAUUUUAGUGGAAAAAGGGCUGUUGAAGAUAAAGAUAUUGGUCCCCUUGUUAAAACUAUAAUGACACGUUGUAUACAUUGUACAAGAUGUAUUCGUUUCGCUUCAGAAGUAGCUGGUGUUGACGAUCUAGGUACAACUGGCCGUGGUUCAGAUAUGCAGGUUGGAACUUAUAUAGAGAAAAUGUUUUUAUCUGAACUAAGUGGCAAUGUGAUUGAUUUGUGUCCUGUUGGAGCAUUAACCAGUAAACCAUAUUCAUUUACUGCACGUCCAUGGGAGACUAGAAAAACUGAUAGUAUAGAUGUUUUGGAUGCAUUAGGAAGCAAUAUUGUUGUUUCUACAAGAGCUGGAGAUGUGAUGAGAAUAUUACCCCGAUUAAAUGAAGAUGUAAAUGAAGAAUGGUUAUCAGAUAAAUCGCGUUUUUCAUAUGAUGGACUUAAACGUCAACGGCUAGUUACUCCAUUAAUCAAGGAUAAACAAGGAAAUUUAGUACCAGUUGGAUGGGAAGAUGCAUUAGUAGCAACAUCUAGAGCAUUGAUUAAUGCAAAAGGAGAUAUUGUAGGUGUGACUGGUGGUUUAUCAGAUGCUGAAUCCAUGAUAGCAUUUAAAGAUUUACUUAAUAGUUUAGGAAGUGAAGAACUAUAUACAGAAGAACCUUUCCCAAUGACUGGUUCUGGUACCGAUUUUAGGUCUUCAUACCUCUUAAAUAGCAGCAUAUCCGGAUUGGAACAAGCUGAUUUGGUACUUUUAAUUGGCACUAACCCACGUUUUGAAGCCCCGUUGUUAAAUACACGUAUUCGUAAAUCAUAUGUACACAAUGAUCUUGAAAUAGCUCUAUUGGGACCUAAAGUUGACUUGUCGUAUGACUAUGACUAUUUAGGUGAAUCCCCAGCAACCCUUAAAGAUUUAGCAGAAAAAAGACAUCCGUUCUUUGCUAAACUUUCUAAAGCUAAGCGUCCAGUCAUAAUUUUAGGGGCUCAACAAUUUGAACAAAAAGAUGGUGCUGUACUUCUAGCCCAGGCACAGCAGCUUUCUCAAGAAUUAUCAAAAAACGCUGAAAAAGGAUGGAGAAUUUUAAAUGUAUUGCAACAAGUUGCUGGACAAGUAGCUGCAUUAGACCUGGGUUAUAAACCAAAUUUUAAUUUAUGUGCUCCAAAAGUUCUCUAUUUAUUAGGGGCUGACAAUGAAACAUUAACAAAAAGCAAACCUACUGGAACUCUGGUUAUAUAUCAAGGACAUCAUGGAGAUGCUGGAGCAGCAAUUGCUGAUAUUGUACUCCCAGGAGCUGCUUAUACAGAAAAACAAGCAACCUAUGUCAAUACUGAAGGUCGUGCACAACAAACCUUGAUGGCUGUACAACCACCAGGAAUGGCACGUUCAGACUGGAAAAUUAUCAGAGCAAUUUCUGAAUUCGUGGGUGUAAAACUUCCUUAUGAUACUUUAAAUGAGGUACGUGACCGUUUAACUGAUGUUUGUCCAAGCAUGACUAGGUAUGGAGAUCUAGAACAAGCAAACUAUUUGGCACAGGCUGCAGAUUUAGCUAAAGAUUUAUCUGCCCAAUCUGCUACUAAACCAUUAAAUGUGAAACAAAUUGCAUUGGAAGAUUUCUAUAUGACAGAUCCCAUAAGUAGAUCUUCACCCACAAUGGCUAAAUGCAUACAAGCAGUUAGGAAACAAAAAGAAUCGAAAUAUUAUGAAAGUGCAGUUUAAAAAAAAUGAGCUUACAUAAUUUUGACACCUUUUAUGUAAGCAAGCAUAUUGAGAUAAUAAUUUUAGAAUAUAGAAUAUUAUACAUUUUGAAAUUUUAGCUAUGCUAAAUAUAUUUAUAAAGAAAAA